AUGCUCCUCGCUCCCACCAACCCCAAUCAGCUCGCAAUAGUAGAUGUUCGGGAUUCAGAUCACAUCGGCGGCCAUAUUUCUACCUCGACCUGGCACCCGAGCUCGACUCUCAGCAAGCACAUGCCAGAUCUCAUAAACAAGCUACGUGGCAAGGAGAAAGUCGUCUUCCACUGCGCGCUCAGCCAGGAGCGCGGACCUUCCGCGGCACUCAAGUACAUCCGAGAACGAGAACAAGCACUCGGGAAGGAAGAGAGUGCUAAGCAAGCCGUUUUUGUGCUAGAGGGGGGCUUCGUCCAGUGGCAGAAAAAGUAUGGGGAGGAUAAAAGGUUGACGCAGGCAUACGUUAAGGAUAUCUGGGAGGAGGAUUGA